AUGACCUUCUCUUUUGCCAAUGACAACGAGGAGGAGCUGAAAGUAGCUGUUAAAGAAAAGUUCGGUUAUGACAUGUACUCGGAACACGUCGGCGGUUUCAAAGACAUUCUCGGUUGGAAAUCACUUCCUGGAAUACUUCACAUAUCACUACCAGUUGCUCCAGUAUAUAUCGCCAUCCUCGUACUCAGAAAACUCACCAUUUCAAUACUUAACCUUGGAAUGGUCAUGUCAGAGAACACUCGACGUAUUCACUCGCAACUACUUCAGGCGCUUACGAUUCAAGCCUGCUUACCUAUAUUCUUCCUGCUCGCGGUCAUCGCAUACGCAGUUGAACAGUUGGAUAUCUAUCAUCAUCCAAUUCUUGAAUAUUCUUGUUUUAUGCUAAUCAGUUUUAUCCCAAUGUUGAGCCCUCUUACCUCUUUCAUUUUCAUUCGUCCUUAUAAUGUUUGGAUUAAAAGGAAGCUUCUUCGCAAGCAAAAAGUGUUUUCCAGUGUCAAGGCAUCGACAGCCACGUCGGUAGCCAGGAUCAGUGAUCUAAAUGUAAAGCUUUAG